AUGGCAGUGGUUGUAGAUGAUGAGGAUAGAGAAAAUGAAGGGGACCUAAUAAUGGAAGCACAGUUGGAAACACCAGAGGUUAUGGCUUUUAUUGUGAAGCACGGGACUGAGGAUGAGUAUCAGCAAUCGUAUGCAAUUUUCACCGGUUCUGAUUUUGGUACAUUUAGUAUGGGAGCUUGGUCUGAAGAUGAUGAAAUUCUUGGUGUUGUUGAUGACUAUGAUACUCUAUAUUUUAUUAAAUUCAAUGGUGAAGUUGUGGCAGAAAUUACAAAGAGAAAUUUGAAAAUCUCUUCACCAAUUGUUGGUUUAUUUUCAAACAAUAACUCAUAUAAGCACGAGUCUUACUUGUUCACUGUCAUUACAUCAGAUGGCUCACUUCAACAAAUUGGAUCUGUUAUGUACAAGACAUUUUUACUUUUCCUUAAAAGUGGCAUGUAUAUAUUCAUUCAGUGCCCCCAAAUUUCGCACUUUCAAUGGCAUCCAUUUUUCUUGACAUCAGGACCACAAGAUGAGUACCCCAGUGUGCACAUUAGAACUCUUGGUGACUGGAGCUACCAAAUAUAUGCUCUAUUCCAAGAGGCAGUGUUGUCUGGGUUACAAGGGGGUCCAAAACUUUACAUAGACGGUCCUUAUGGUUCUGCUUCUCCAAACCAUGUAAAGUAUGACAUUCUGGUACUUAUUGGUCUUGGCAUCAGAGCCACACCUUUCAUUAGCAGCCUCAGAGAUGUUACUAAUGAUGUACAGAUGUCACAAAGUGAUCAUAGUGGUCAUAGAGAAUGCAACUUAACAAAGGGUUUACCAUCAAAAGCUUAUUUAUAUUGGGUUACAAGAGAACAAAACCCCUUUGAUUUGUUAAGUGACGUAAUCAAGGAAAUUGCAAGUUCAACCAAACAACAUGUGAGAAACCUGAUUUUUGAUGUUCAUCAUGCCUCUUAG